AGACACAGAGGGCCGCGGAGGACGCGGGAGGCGAGCGGGGAGCCGAGGUCGUGCUAGGAUCCCGCGCCCAGGGGCCUUCGUCGAGGGAGGGGCGUGGCGGCGGCAGCAGGAGGGCAGCAGGAGCGGUCGGGCUGGCGGUUCCGCGCCGCGGCUCCGUCUGCCCAGCGCCCGCAACUCUGGGCUGAGAACUUCUCCCGCCGGCCCACUCGCCCUCGCCCCGCGCACUCGGCGCCAGGCGACUCCCGCACCUUGUCCCCGGCCCGCCCCCGCCUCCUCCUUCGGCCGCACCACUCCCCCUGCCGGCCGCGCUUUUCUCCGUUACAAAGGAGGGAAAAUGAGCCGGGCGGCGGCGGCGCGGCGCGGGGCCACCACGGCGGCGGCGAGCGCGGCCGCCCCCGGCACCACGUAAACCGCCCCCGCCCGCCCAGCUGCGGCCCAGGCCGGAGCGGAGCCUGCAGCCCGCCGCCUGCUUGCUGCUCGCCUCCCUAGCCCUGCGCGUCGCCUCCCGGCCCGCCGAGGAGGUGGUGGAGGAGGAGGCGCCGCUUUCCCCGCGGCGCGCGCCCUCGCCGUUGUCUGGGCUGUGCCUGGACCAGUUUGGGGAAGUUGCCGGGGCCCCGCGUCGCCCAGAUGUGCGACCUCAUUGAGCCGCAGCCGGCCGAGAAGAUCGGCAAGAUGAAGAAGUUGCGGAGAACUUUGUCGGAGAGUUUCAGUCGCAUUGCUUUGAAGAAAGAUGACACCACCUUUGAUGAGAUAUGUGUCACAAAGAUGUCUACACGGAACUGCCAGGGAAUGGACUCAGUGAUCAAACCCCUGGACACAAUUCCUGAGGAUAAAAAAGUCAGAGUUCAGAGGACACAGAGCACUUUUGACCCAUUUGAGAAACCAGCUAAUCAAGUAAAGAGGGUGCAUUCUGAGAACAAUGCUUGCAUUAACUUUAAGACCUCCUCCACUGGCAAAGAAUCACCUAAAGUUAGGCGGCACUCCAGCCCCAGCUCGCCAACAAGUCCCAAAUUUGGAAAAGCUGACUCAUAUGAAAAGCUGGAAAAACUAGGGGAAGGAUCUUAUGCUACAGUAUACAAAGGGAAAAGCAAGGUAAAUGGGAAGUUGGUAGCUCUGAAGGUGAUCAGGCUGCAGGAAGAAGAAGGGACACCUUUCACAGCUAUCAGGGAAGCUUCUCUGUUAAAAGGACUAAAACAUGCUAACAUAGUGCUACUUCAUGACAUCAUCCAUACCAAGGAGACGCUGACACUUGUGUUUGAAUACGUGCACACUGAUUUAUGUCAGUACAUGGACAAGCACCCUGGGGGACUGCAUCCAGAUAAUGUGAAGUUGUUUUUAUUUCAGUUGCUGCGAGGGUUGUCUUACAUCCACCAGCGUUAUAUUUUGCACAGAGACCUGAAACCACAGAACCUUCUGAUCAGUGACACGGGGGAGUUAAAGCUGGCAGAUUUCGGUCUUGCAAGAGCAAAAUCCGUCCCUAGCCACACAUACUCCAACGAAGUGGUUACCUUGUGGUACAGACCUCCAGAUGUCCUUCUAGGCUCAACAGAAUAUUCCACCUGCCUUGACAUGUGGGGAGUAGGUUGCAUCUUUGUUGAAAUGAUCCAAGGAGUUGCUGCUUUUCCAGGAAUGAAAGACAUUCAGGAUCAACUUGAACGAAUAUUUCUGGUUCUUGGAACGCCAAAUGAGGACACAUGGCCUGGAGUUCAUUCUUUACCACAUUUUAAGCCAGAACGCUUUACCCUGUACAGCUCUAAAAACCUUAGACAAGCGUGGAAUAAGCUCGGCUAUGUGAACCAUGCAGAGGACCUGGCCUCCAAGCUCCUACAAUGUUCCCCAAAGAACAGACUGUCUGCACAGGCUGCCUUGAGCCACGAGUAUUUUAGUGACCUGCCCCCACGGCUAUGGGAACUCACCGAUAUGUCUUCUAUUUUUACUGUCCCAAAUGUGAGAUUGCAACCAGAAGCUGGAGAAAGCAUGCGGGCCUUUGGGAAAAACAAUAGUUAUGGCAAAAGUCUAUCAAACAGCAAGCACUGACAAGCAGCACAUUCUCAAGAGCACACAGGAUUAAGUUGUCAUCAUCCUGGGAAGAAAAAAAAAACAUUAAUGAAGAGGCCAAUAAUAUGAAGGGAAUCAUGGAUCAGUUUUCUUUCGCUCCCUGUGGUGGAUUUCACUUACAAGAAAAUUGAAGCUGGCAAGACCCUGUUUUCUCUGCAAUUUAUUUAAAACCUUGCACGCAUUUGGAUACCUUGUGAUUUCCAAGAACUACGUGAAGAUUAAGCUUUGCUUACUGAUACAUGGCAUGUAUUCUUUUCAGUCUUUUGUGUUUGAUUUUGUUUGAUUUCCCUCUGCAGCACAGCGUCUCUGUAAAGGUUUUUAUGCUUUCACCAGCCAUGUCUUAAAUACAUUAAGACAACACAUUUGGUGUUCACACUUCUUCAGUAAUGUCUGUACUUGAAAGCCACUGAGUGGCAUGAAACAAUGUGUGUUUUCUUUGAGAGCAGUGCACAUUUUGCAACCACUAGGAAGGGAAUUUUCUGCUAAAGCAAACCCCUGUUCUCUGACUUGACAACUUGGCCCCGGACUGUGGGGCCCCACCUGUUGCUUACCUUUUGAGGUAAUUUUGCAAAUGUGGUUUUUUUACUUGGAAAUAACUGCACAUUUAUAUAUAGGAUAUUGGACUCUGCUUAGCAUUUUCAAGCCACAUAGCAUGACUGUUUUUUGAAUAGGUUGGAAUUGAAAAAACAAUUAUCAAACAUUAAGAACAAAGACAGGGAUAAAUUGCUUACAUUUCAACCUCUGGAGAUUGAGGUAACUUUUUGUGUCUGGAUCUUGUCAACAUCUUAUUUUUUUCCAUCCAUUCUGUUACACUUUGUAUUUUCUAACUGGAGAAAAGAGUGAGGAGCAGAAUGUUUUAAAUCUGAUGCAAAAGAACUAUAUCUGCUGGAUGAUCCUUGAAAGCAAUCUUGGCCUGUUAAGGCUUACAAAGUAAAUUACAAAGUGAUCCAGUUCAAAGUUUGCUUAGUUACAACAAAGCACCUUUAAAAAAAAAUUACAUUUUAAAAAAACAUUCCAAGCCAAUUGGAAGACAUCAUUGGGUUCCUUACUUUAAGACAUCUCCUGGAAUAACUGUUCAAAUGCAGGUUUUAGAAACAAUGCAGGAAUCUUGCUUUAAAGAUGGAAAAGGGAAUGGUCCAGCUUCCCUUACUCAAGGAGUUGAGGGACCUUGGAGGAUGAAGGUGAGUGUGUGACACUGGGGAAAAGUGGACCAGGCAUGUCUUUUGCUUUGAUCUGGAGGGAGGGCUGCAUGAUGCAGGCCGGCUCCCAGUGGGGCAGGCCUCACUGCAGAAUGCCCAGUAGUACUGCGGCCAAGGGGACAGUUAGGAGACUUCAUCUAAAUCAUGAAACCUAGCUCCUCUGCACACAAAUUCCUAUGGAAAUACCUUUGUGUAUAGUGUCUUACAUUUUCCUAUUAGUCAGAAAGAAGGAGAGAAUGAGUGAGUGCUUGAAAUGUGUCACACUGUUUUAGGAUCAAGACUAGGAAUUAGGAGCCAGGUUGACAAGGACUUUUUCUGAGAGUUUGGUGAGGGUAAAGCUUUUCUGUAAUCAAGCUCAAUACACCAAGGAAACUGGACCCAGAAUUCCUAAACUUUAAAAUGGUACUGUCUGCGGAGUGGAGUAUGGAUGGUUAUGUCAAAGUCAUAGUUCAUCCUAUCCAGAUGUAGCAUUCAUUGUAAACUUUUAAGUGCUAAGCAAGGAAUUAUAUGCUGAUUGGUUUUAAAGAGAGCAGAAAACACCCAAGUGUAGAAUGUCUACUGUUUGCUACCUAGAAAUCUUUUCCAUUCCUCUUUCAUACAUUCCAACCCACUGGAAGUCUUUAGAGGUAUUUUGAUUUAAAGUAUACUUAAAUUAGGAUUUCUUAAAGAAAAUAUAGGGAGAAAACUUUACAUGAAUUAAAAAUGGCCUUUCCUGUGAUUUGUUUUGAAUCAUUCAUUUGGAGAAGAGGCAUGACUUGUAUUUCACUAAGUUUAAAGCAAGAGCAACAGAUAAUUAAAUGUUGCUUUUUAAUAAGGUUUUUAACUUGAAAAUUUGAAAAUAUUUAAUGUUGAAAGACUUCAAUUAGGGCUAUUAGAGUUAUAUCUCCCUGUCGUAGGCAGCUUCUUCAGAGAAGUGAAAUAUAACAUUACUCAGUGGAGGGAGAAAUCUGUUUUGUUACAGAGACAUACCUCUCAGAAGGUCAGGAGGUUUUGAGUACCCUAUCCUUGCCACCCAUACAGGAAAUCCAAAGUUUGGUGUCUCUCUCUCUCUGUCUGUCUCUCUCUUUUCUCUCUCUCUCUCUCUCUUUCUCCCCGCAAACCCCUCUCACUCCCUCCCUCCCUCUCUCCUUCCCCUAUUUGCAAUCAUGUUCUCCCUCUGCUUCUUUUCUCUUCUGCCCUCCUUGUGGACAGUCAUGAAAAUCAAUUCAGACUGUGUUCAUUAGCAGAUUUAUUAUUCUAUUGAGAAAGCACUGGAAUGUUUUGUGAGAUUAUUUUUAUAUGAAGGAAUAGCCUGAACUCAAACAGAUGGUAAGAAUAGUACAAACACCUUAGCACAUCACUGCACACACAGUAUUCUGAAAGGAGAUUUGACACUUAAUUCCCAUUUUCUUAAAAGAACAGUUUUGUUGACUUAAAAAUAUGAGAUACAUAGGAUGUGAAAAAAAAAAUGUUUGCAGUACUCAGCAAAAAAUAGGGUACAUAAAGCAGGGUGGCUGUCCAUCCACUGAUUCUGGGGUGAGAAGCGAUUUCUACCUCGCAAGAGUGAUUAAAAAGUUUCCAGGAGCACCUCCAGGCUUGCAAAGAAAGUGAGGCCUCUUGGUAUCCUUUCCUCAGUGUGUAUAUGACAGCCAAGUAUAAUCAAUACCCUAGGUUGUGCGUCUAUAUGAUACUCAUCUGUGAAUAUUAUUGGUUUUGUAAUCUUUGUUAUAUAAGAGGAUGUUUAGGCUGUAUAUACUGGGGUAGAUUAUUGCCUGCCCCCUAUACAUAGGAAUAUGCUGCAUAAUUGCGCAUAACUUCCAUCUCCCUUACUGGCUUGUAGGCAGAGGAAACUGUAUAUGUUACUGCCUUGUACUUUUCUCAUACACCAAAAACACAAAAAAAUGAAUAAAAUAAGCAAUCUUCUAUUCUCAUUCCUUUUCCCACAGCAGCAUAUUUUAGAGGCACAUACAAAACCUACAUUCUCUAGUUGGGAGUGGAUUUUUUAAAUUUUCCUUUUAUCUUUUAUUUUUUUUUGUAUGAUGCACUGAGAUGUGUACUUUCUAACAGGGGAUUGGUACCUAAGAAAUGUGGUAGCAUUAUUCAGAAAACUAUUAUACUUUCAAAUGACACAUAGUAAGGAGAAUGGAAUAAUACAUGUUGCAUAUUUGUUACCAGUUGUAAUUUGUCUGUAUUAUGAAAGAUGUAAUGGUUUGUCAGCUGUCACUGUUGUUUUCUUGUAACAUGAUAUGGAAUAAAGUAUAGCAGAAUCUCCGUA